AUGCUUUCCCACAUCACUGCUUUCCUCGCUCUUGGAGCAAUGGUUGCUCAAGCAGCUCCGGCUCCAGCAACCUUUGCUCAAAGUUCCUCCGCCCACAGUGUACCAGCCAUUCACAACCCGAACUAUGUUCGCAAUGGUACUGCGUCUUUGCUCAAGGCAUAUGCCAAGUACCACAUCCAGCCUACCCAGCCAAUGUCUGAUGCAUUUCUUUCGGCACUCCAAAAGAGACAAGAUAGUUCUGCUUCGGCUAUUCCUUCUGAUGGUGUUGAGUAUCUCGUUCCUACGACCGUUGGAGGACAAACUCUCAACCUUGAUUUGGAUACUGGUUCAGCAGAUUUAUGGGUUUUCUCCUCGCUCCUCGCCUCCUCAUCUCGCUCAGGUCAUGACUACUACACUUCGAGCAAGAGCUCCACAUACAAGGCUCUCUCUGGCUAUACCUGGAGCAUUCAAUAUGCAGAUGGUUCAGGAGCCAGUGGUUUGGUAGGUACAGAUACCGUUACUAUUGGCGCUACCAAAGUCACUGGCCAAGCAGUCGAACUUGCCAACAAAGUUUCCUCCACGUUUGUCUCUGAUCAAGCCGAUGGGCUCAUCGGUAUGGCUUUCAGCAACAUUAACACUGUUUCACCAAGAUCUCAAUCCACUUUCUUCGACAACGCUCAGAGCUCGCUCAAUGCCCCACUCUUCGCCGCUUACCUUCCAGUCAACGCCAGUGGAGCAUACGACUUCGGAUACACGGACUCGAGCAAAUACACUGGUGACAUCACCUACGCCCCCGUCAACUCCGGAAACGGUUUCUGGGAAUUCCCAUCUACCUCCUACAAAGUCGGCGCCACCACUCAUUCCGCAUCAGGCUUCACUGGUGUUGCCGAUACUGGCACCACGCUCCUUCUCAUGAGCGAUUCGGCCAACAUGGCAUACUAUUCCCAAGUCUCGGGCGCUGAAUAUUCCAGCACCUAUGGCGGAUAUGUGUUCCCAUGUUCCGCCAAGCUCCCCACGUUGUCGAUCAGAAUCGGCACGACCGCAUAUGCAACCAUCCCAGCUUCGCUAUUGAACUUUGGAGUGGCAAGCGGAAACACCUGUUAUGGUUCUCUCCAGAGUGUGGGAGGUGGAUCGCAAAAUAUCUAUGGUGAUGUUUUCUUCAACGCGUACUAUGGUGUCUUUGACAAGAGCGGACCUUCUUUCGGUUUUGCUGCUAGCAGUGCUGUUUAA